UAUGUAAAUUGUCAUUCUGAAAAUCUGUGGAACAGGUGUUUGCGUGUAGCAACUUUGACAUGUUUACAUCUCUUGGGUGAUAUGAAGGUGAGGCUAAUUGACGUGUUAUCAGUGUGGGAAGUAUGAAAAAUUGUGCACAAGAAUGGAGAAGACAGCACCAAAAAAACUCGUUAAGUCUAAGUCGGGAUUACGAUUAGUAAAUCUCGACGGCAACUUAAGUCCGUUUACUCUGCAGGAACCUUCAUGGAUACCCGACAGCGAGGCAGCACAUUGUUCAAACUGCGAAGUCAAGUUCGAUAUGUUACGCAGAAAGCAUCACUGCCGACGCUGUGGUAACAUCUUCUGUAACUCAUGCUGUGCUACCAAGUUGGGACUUCCACGUAUGGGCUUCGUUGAUCCAGUUCGUCUGUGCAAGCCCUGUGCUGAUGUAACUGAUCGCGAGAACGAUUUCUUCAACAAUCAGCUGAAGAUACUGACAAAUGGGGCAGCUUUCUUGAUUGAAGAUCUGGGUCAGAAUGCCAGUACAUCUGGUUAUGUAAGGUGCAAGCUAUCUCGCGACCACAGGUACCUUCUCUUUGAGGGACAUGAAACAGACAAACCAGAACCAUUGAAGCUCUCUGAAAUAAAAUCACUCUGUGUUACCCGUUAUCAAGAUUCAGGUCCAUGUGGUGUGAAGAUUGUUUACGACAAUGGUGAGAAGGGUGGGCCCUAUCGGCAGCUAAAGUUAUCUUGUGGUCAAGAAACUGAUCAAACAGCAUCUGGUCUGUGGGUGUCGGCCAUUCAUGAGGCGUUCAAGCUGAUUUGUCGGCGCACCACGGGGGAGAACAGAUAACUGAAUCACAAAAAGAAAAAUAUUUUUAGAAGAUGAAUUUACAUGAAGACAGAUUUUAUGUUCUAUCUUGCAUCGUGUGGCAAAUGUUUAGAUCAGGCAGUUGGUAAAAUACUGUUGAUAAGGGAGAUUUAUGAAAGUACAACCAAAUUUUAAGUGCCUUAUAUAUGUAUAUCUACUUAAACCAAUAGAAAUUGUUACCUACAAGCAGUUGUAUUUAGAAUGUUAUAUUUUAUAUGUAUGUUUCU